GGGGCGGGGCCGGGGCGGGGCGAGGGCGGGACGAGGUGGCCCCGCGCUCCCCGCGCUCCCCGCGCUCCCCGCCCGCGCGCCCCGCGCUGCUCUACUCGCAGGGAAGGCGGCGCUGGCGGCGGCUGGUCUCGCUGCGCCCGGCUCCCGCGCGCUGCCCUCCCGCCGCCAGUGGGCUCCGCAGCACCCUGCCCGGCCGCGACCCCUGCCCAGCGGCGGCCCUGGGCCCUCCGUCUUGCCCUGUGCGGGGGUAGCUCGGCCCCUGUGUCUCCUCGCGGAGCGCUCCCCACUCCCACCCGCGGAUCCCCCGCGGAACGGGCUCGGGCACCCAACUUUGUCACCUAGCCCGUCGCCCCCGCUGGGCGCGCGCACCUGCCCAUCCACCCCGAGGCCCGGUCGCGCGCAACCGCGGACGGUGCGGCUGGCAACCCAGCGGGCGCCCCCAGCCCGGAGCGCAGCGAGCGGGAGGCGGCUCGGGGACAGCCGCAGGGCGCGGAAGCUGCCUCGACUUCCCCUGCCCGGCGCGGGAGAGGACCCUCGGAGCCGCUGGAUGCCCGGCACGAGCAGCGCGCCCCGCACCUGCGUUGGUUUGUGAGACUGGGGCUUGAGUGCCCGUGAGUUCGGAGUUUUACUGUGAUACAUGACUGAGGAAACGUGGCCUCCACCCUUUUUCUACUUGGCACGUUCCACACAUGACGGGGAGACCAGCUGCCGUUUAGAAGACAAGUGCCCAGAGCCCACGGCCCCCUGACCACCAUGAGGGGAACCUGCUUCGUUGCAUGGCUGCUGUCCAGCCUGAGCCUGGGGACACUUGCUCAGCCGGUGGCACUUGAUGUGGCCCAGUGUCAGAGAGCUGAGCACCCGCUCAUUUCCUACAAAGAAAUUGUCCCCUGGUUACGGGAGUUCAGAGCGAAGAAUGCUGUGGAUUUCUCGCAGUUAACAUUUGACCCAGGACAGAAAGAACUUAUUGUAGGAGCAAGAAACUACCUCUUCAGGUUACAGCUUGAGGAUCUGUCUCUGAUUCAGGCUGUGGAGUGGCAGUGUGAUGAAGCUACCAAGAAGGCGUGUUUCAGCAAGGGCAAGUCCCAGGAAGAAUGCCAGAACUACAUCCGGGUGCUCCUGGUGGGUGGUGACAGGUUGUUCACCUGUGGGACCAACGCGUUCACGCCCGUCUGCACCAACCGCACGCUGAGUAACCUGACCGAGAUCCACGAUCAGAUCAGCGGCAUGGCGCGCUGCCCCUACAGCCCCCACCACAAUUCCACGGCUCUCCUCACCGCGGGCGGGGAGCUGUACGCCGCCACAGCCAUGGACUUCCCGGGGCGGGACCCCGCCAUAUACCGGAGCCUGGGCGUCCUGCCCCCUCUCCGCACGGCGCAGUACAACUCCAAGUGGCUCAAUGAGCCGAACUUCGUGUCCUCUUACGACAUUGGGAAUUUCACUUACUUCUUUUUCCGAGAAAAUGCAGUGGAGCACGACUGUGGGAAGACGGUCUUCUCCAGAGCUGCUCGGGUCUGCAAGAAUGACAUCGGGGGCAGGUUCCUGCUGGAGGACACCUGGACCACGUUCAUGAAGGCUCGGCUGAACUGCUCCCGCCCCGGGGAGAUCCCCUUCUACUAUAACGAGCUGCAGAGCACUUUCUUCCUGCCCGAGCUGGACCUGAUCUAUGGAAUCUUCACCACCAAUGUGAACAGCAUCGCCGCCUCGGCCGUGUGUGUCUUCAACCUGAGCGCCAUCUCGCAGGCCUUCAACGGACCCUUCAAGUACCAGGAGAACUCGCGCUCCGCCUGGCUGCCUUACCCUAACCCCAACCCCAACUUCCAGUGCGGCACCGUGGACCAGGGCCUGUAUGUGAACCUGACGGAGAGGAACCUGCAGGACGCCCAGAAGUUCAUCCUGAUGCAUGAGGUGGUGCAGCCCGUGAGCGCCGUCCCUGCCUUCCUGGAGGACAACAGCCGCUUCUCCCACGUGGCUGUGGACGUGGUGCAGGGCCGGGACGUGCUUGUCCACAUCAUCUAUUUGGCCACAGAUUACGGCACGAUCAAGAAGGUGCGGGCGCCCCUGAAUCAGAGCUCGGGCAGCUGCUUGCUGGAAGAGAUCGAGCUCUUCCCCGAGAGGCGCAGGGAGCCCGUCAGGAGCCUGCAGAUCCUGCACAGCCAGAGCGUGCUGUUUGUGGGCCUGCGGGAGCACGUGGCCAAGGUCCCGUUGAAGAGGUGCCAGUUCCACCGCACACGCAGUGCCUGCAUUGGGGCUCAGGACCCCUACUGUGGCUGGGACAUGGUGAUGAAGAAAUGCACGAGCCUGGAGGAGAGCCUGAGCAUGACACAGUGGGAGCAGAGCAUCUCCGAGUGUCCUACCAGGAAUCUCACCGUGGACGGGCACUUCGGCGUCUGGUCUCCAUGGACGCCCUGCACACACACGGACGGCGGCACCGUGGGCUCCUGUCUCUGCCGAACCCGCUCCUGCGACAGCCCGGCCCCGCAGUGUGGGGGCUGGCGGUGCAGCGGCCCCAGCAUGGAGAUCGCCAACUGCUCCAGGAACGGAGGCUGGACGCCCUGGACCUCGUGGUCGCCCUGCAGCACCACCUGUGGCAUCGGCUUCCAGGUGCGCCAGCGGUCCUGCAGCAACCCCACCCCGCGGCACGGGGGCCGGGUGUGCGUGGGACAGAACCGCGAGGAGAGAUACUGUAAUGAGCAUUUGCUGUGUCCCCCGCACAUGUUCUGGACAGGCUGGGGUCCUUGGGAAAGGUGCACAGCCCAGUGCGGGGGCGGCAUUCAAGCUCGCCGCAGGACCUGUGAGAACGGGCCAGACUGCGCAGGCUGUAACAUGGAGUACCAGCCCUGCAAUACCAACCCGUGCCCCGAGCUGAAGAAGACCACGUCCUGGACCCCCUGGACGCCCGUCAACAUCUCCGACAACGGCGGUCACUACGAGCAGCGGUUCCGAUACACCUGCAAAGCCCGCCUGCCCGAUCCGAAUUUGCUGGAAGUGGGAAGACAGAGAAUUGAAAUGCGGUACUGUUCUAGCGACGGCACCAGCGGCUGCUCCACAGAUGGCCUUUCCAGCGACUUCCUGCGAGCCGGGAGGUACUCGGCCCACACCGUCAACGGGGCCUGGUCGGCCUGGACCUCCUGGUCCCAGUGCAGCCGCGACUGCAGCAGGGGCAUCCGGCACCGGAAGCGCGUCUGCAACAACCCCGAGCCCAAGUACGGUGGGAUGCCUUGCCUGGGCCCCGCCCUGGAGUACCAGGAAUGCAACAUUUUGCCCUGUCCAGUGGACGGGGUGUGGUCUUGCUGGUCCCCCUGGUCACAAUGCUCGGCGACGUGUGGCGGAGGACACUACAUGAGGACACGAUCCUGCACAAACCCGGCCCCGGCCUAUGGAGGGGACAUCUGCCUGGGGCUGCACACGGAGGAGGCCCUCUGCAGCACGCAGCCCUGCCCCGAGAGCUGGUCCGAGUGGUCUCGCUGGUCCGAGUGUGACGUGUCCGGCGUCCAAGUCCGUGCCCGCCAGUGCAUCCUUUUAUUCCCCGUGGGCACUCAGUGUUCUGGGAACACCACAGAGAGCCGGCCCUGCGUUUUUGAUUCUAAUUUCAUCCCAGAAGUUUCUGUGGCAAGAUCGAGCAGUGUAGAAGAGAAAAGGUGUGGAGAGUUCACCAUGUUCCACAUGCUGGCCGUGGGGCUGAGCAGCUCCAUCCUCGGCUGUCUCCUCACCCUGCUCAUCUACACCUACUGCCAGCGGUACCAGCAGCAGUCCCAUGAUGCCACUGUCAUCCACCCCGUGUCCCCCGCCCCUCUGAACACCAGCAUCACUAACCACAUCAACAAACUGGACAAGUACGACUCAGUAGAAGCCAUCAAGGCAUUUAACAAAAAUAACUUGAUCCUGGAAGAGAGAAACAGAUACUUCAAUCCACAUCUCACUGGAAAGACCUAUUCUAACGCCUACUUUACAGAUCUCAAUAAUUAUGAUGAAUACUAAACAGCUCUUAUAUUUUUGGCCUCUUGUAAUUGCCCAGUUCCUCAAGGCCUGUGCUCCGUGACUGCCGUGUUUCUGAGGCUUCAGAGACAUUUCAGCUGCAUCUCAAGCCAGGAGUGCCCCAUCCCUUCCCAAAAUAUUCAUCUUUCAUUGGCAAAAACAACAACAAAAAAAAACUAAAUGUGGCAUUGUGAAAAUUUGGUCUACAACACGUGAUCAUCGUCAAGUGAGCCAUGAUGUGAUGUUUUCAAUUGUUUAGCCCAGUUUGCUACCCUGUUGAUUGUUUUCUUGAGCUUUUUUAUACAUGUGCCAUCACAUUGGAAGAAGUCUCUAGAAAUAUGUCUUCUUGCUUUUAGGCAUAAAUGUUCAUGAUGUUUUAAUUCAAGAAAGUAGGCACUUUAUCUUCAAGCCCUCCCUCCUCAUCAGGAGUGCUUAGGCUCACAGCAUUUGAUAAAAUGAAGAAAAACAAUGUGGCCAUACAGUGAUAGCCUACGCAUCUCCCAUGUCCCCCCAUCUGAAAGAUACUGAGGAAUUCUUGGAAGUGGCCUGUGCAUUUGGACUGGGAAUGAAUCUUGCCUAAGGAAGCCAAGGGAUUCAGCCUGGCCUGUGUCUGCAGAUGAUGCUAUGACAUGUGGUGCAGUUUUUGUAUUGUCAUUGGAGGAGAGACCUGUCCCAGUAGACGCACAGACAAGGAGGGACAGAAGGAAGUGCUCUGCAGGUUGCUGGUAAAAUAGCCUUAUUCUGACUUUCAGAUUUCCUGGCAGUCCGGGGAGCUCCUUGCCUUGCUGUUCGUCUGGAAGCCCACCUGUCUGAUCUAUAGUAGCAUCCUAAAGAGUCAGUCUGUAAAAUAACCCUUGUUUACUUCCUUUCCACUGGAAUUUUGAUAGCUUUGACAUCUCCUCUCUCCCCACAAAGAAAAAUCUUGAACAUUUAUUGUGCCUACUAGGGAAAGAAUUGAGAGUACUGGAAUGAAAUUGGAAACAACUUUUAAUUUUCCAUUUUGUGGAAAGUUCUGAAGGAACCUAACAUUGGAAGAAAUGCAGUUUUUUAUUUUUCAUCCCCCUAAUGUAACUAAUUUAUGUAAAUCAGUCCCUAUCAAGAGCAUUAAGGAUGUGUAAAGCUGGCCUUCUGCAGCUGUGUAUACUGAAGUGCUACCGCAGUACCAAGCUGUCAUGGAUGACCAGUGUUUUUAGCUGAUGCCUUUUCUUUUACUUCAAUGCUGCCUUCUUGUCCACCCACUUCCACUUCUCUCUGUGCACGGGGGCAACAUUUCAAGACACAUCUUUGAGAAAUCAGGGAAGCUGAAAGUAAGGUUUUUGGCAGUCCCUGUGAUUCUGAGCAUUGUUCAAAGCUAAGCAUUUUAGAAUGCAGUGACACCAUUCCGAGAUUCCUAGAAGAAAGACUUGAUGAAUUACCAGCAAUGGAUACAUAACUCAUGGCCAUUGGUUGAAUAGUUAUUGAAAGCAGGAGUAAGAUUAAAAAGGUUCAUCUGGUACCUCUGGGCAUUGGGAUACGGGAAUGGACAGGUAUAAAUAUAUGUUUUUAUUGAUAAAUGAACCUUAGUAUUUUCAAAAAAUAUAAAGGAUGGAUAUUGAGGAUCACAGAUUUUAUUACUGUACAUGUUUAUACCCUAUCCAAUUUAAAGAAACAAUUUAAGAAAAGUCUUAGGAAAAUGCAUAUAUCUUAGGUUUAGCAGUGAAUCUUGGUGAGUCCAUAUACCCAAAUUUGCAGAAAUGAUUUAUAAAAUUAAAAUUAAAAUGGCUGAUGGUCUCUGGAAGGUCAGAGAUAUUGCAAAUGAAUGACAUUUGGGGUCAUUCCAAGGGAGGGGUCCCCUCGCAGGUCAUUCAUCCUUUGUAUGCAGUACACGAUUGCUCUGUCUCUGUACAGUCAAAACCCACACUCAGUAGAUGAAAUUUAGUCCCAUGGUUUCCCAGUUGUUCCUGAGUUGGGUUUUCUUUGGAUGCUUUAACCUAUCUCAUCACUUUCUUGUAAAAAAAACAAAAAAGAAAUGUUUUGGAUGUUUUUGCUGUUUUUUGAUCCCUCCCCUAUAUUUUCUAAGCUUAAAAGGUGAUUUCUAUUUCCUCUGGGAAAGAAGAUGUAAGUGUUUCCAGAAAGCUUCCCUGGACUUGAUGGGAAGUGCUUUCUGAAUGACAUCCACAUUGGUCUUUGAAACAAUCUUAUAGCAAGGCAAAUACCCACACACAAAUACACAGAAUUUUCAUGUCAAUAAUUUAAGUCUUUGAGACCACCACUGCCCCCCAAAUCCCCCACUUUUGUUCCUUGACACACUAUUCACAGGAAAAUUGUUCUGGAUUCUUCUUCUUCUUCUUCUUCUUCUUCUUAUUAUUAUUAAUCAAGACAACAAUUGGUUUAGAAUAAUUGUAACACUAUCCUAAGAAUUUUAACCUGCUGCUGAAUAACUGCUUUAUUUUUCCAUCACUAAAGAUAUUGAAUAGCUAUUGUUCAUGAAUAUAUGCCUCACACUCCCAAACUCUAGUUAUUACACAAAUUCUUGAGUCACAGACUUUCCCAGUGGUGUCUGACCAUUCUACUGACCAUCCUUCGAAAAGCAGGUCUUCUUUAGGCCAGGCAUGUGGGAUUCCUACUGAAACCUUGUAGGGCCGCUUGUCACUUUUUUUUCUUUGUGGCAUAGAAAGCACAAUUAGAGACUAAAAUUUUUAAGCUUCACCAAAUAAUUGAACCUCUCUGAAGUUGAUGUCAAAUGAUAUUAAUCACAGUUUAACUUCCUGGGUGCCCUCUGGAUGCUGUUGACUUUGGCUAAUUUUCAUUAGGAUGUUGUCUUUAGUUUCACAUUUAAAUUCUUAGAAACAAAUCCCAAUAGUGUUCAGGAUCUUCUCUUGUACACCAGACUAAUCACCAUCUGGCAUCAAUCCUAGAUCACACAGAUAUUUUACAGGAAGGAAAAGAACACAGAAUUCUCACACACUGUGCACCAUGUGACCUUCCCAAACAGUUUCAGGGAUGGGUGUUGUUGAUGUAAGGGAGGGCUUUGUCACUCCUUUGAGAUAUGGUCUGGCAGAAUUCUGAGGAACUCUGAGCGGUGCUGGACCAGGCUCUGCUUUGUGGAAGACUCACAGUCACCAAACUCAUGGGCCUUUCCUUCCCAAACUGCCUUUUUCAUCGAAGGAUAUUUCUAUGCUACUGCCCUUUAAAAUGAACAUGAGACAUCUGAACUUCCCUGUUCCUUUCUGGACAUUUAACUAAGCCUAUUCAGGUAGAUUCUAACUAGCAUCCAUGGUAGAGAGAAAAAAGAGGGCUCCUUGUGUGUGUGUGUGUGGCAGGAGAUGGGGAGAAGACAGAGAUUCUAAAGGAACUGAAGAGGAAUCAAAAAGAGUGAGUAGGCAUGAGAGUAUCCCUGCAGUGGAGAAACUUCUGUCCUUAGAAAUGGUCCAUCUACAUGACCCUGGGUGUUUUGAAGAGCCAGGGAUCUGGCCCCAUUGAUUCAUGGAGUGAUACCAAAGAGAAAAGACAUGAAUGUUGAAAAGGGGCAGAAAAAUAGGGUGUCUAUGAAAAGCUAGGGACCUGGUCACCCCCAAGCUGAGUGUUAUGGGAGGUCCCAAGUUAGGGUUAUCCAUGAUCCAUGUGCACAUUUGGGGGCAUCUGCACUUUGGAGUCUUUCCAGAAUCAAUUGCAAGGUGCAGGAGUUUUAGCGAGGGUGUCCUUAUUCUCUUAUUUAUCUGCAAAUGAAAAUUAUGGGAAUAAAAAUCUAUUUGGGUGAGUGUUUUCACUAGAGUUUUUGGGAGAAUUAGUGUGUCACACAUCAAAAGUUGUGGGCAGAGUGUGAGUAAGAGGGAUUCCAUGUUCCCAAGAACCUACAUAAGGGGAUUCGUUAAGAGUUCAAUUGAAUAACAAAGGACAUUUUGGUUUAAAAAUGUGUCGUCUGUGCUCACUACUAAUCAUUUUGUCUGAUACUUUGUGCACACUGCAGGUACAGCCUCUACUGUGUUUGAAUCUACAACUAUCCUUAGGAUUCCUUAUAAUGUUUUUCUUGAUUUUUGACUAAAUCACUGAACAUCUCCCCAACACAAUCAAACCACUUUCCGAAUCAAAUCGCACCAAGGCCAUCAACUUUCUUUAGCUCCAGGAUGUCUUACACUUUAUUGGGGUGUUUUUGAGCAUGGCUUUUGGCAGCAACUCCAUUACUUGUACUGGAAUUCAGCAUAUCCAUCUCAAAAGACAAUUCUGGGGUUCCUAACAACAGGUAAUGGUGCCAUAGAUUCAAUGAACUGUCUGCCUCAAAGCAGCAGUUCUCCAUUUGAUGGGUGGGGGGAGGGGGUUGCGCUUAAUUCUCACAGCUCCAAUAAUCAAUUUCCCUGCAGGUAGAGUAUUAAAAUGGUAGCCUUAAGCCAACUCAAAUGCCAACCCUUCACCAUUCUUUUUAAGGUGCUUGCAUUGGCAUGUUGAGCAGAUCCGAGUGUUCUAAUGUCUCCAUUACUUCAUGGGGAACUUGACAAUUUCUAUUGGAAUGACAUAGCCAAUGUUUGAUUACCCACCAGUGAAUUAUUUAUGGCAGACACAAAAAAGCCAGUCUGAACCCCCUGCUUCUCUGGUCAAUGUCUGAAAUGGAAGGACAUGGAGUAGUAUUAACUUGACCUAAGAAAUGCACAAAAGGGAAUAUCAAAUAUUGAACCGUGUAUUACCAUGUAAGGGAAAAUACUUGGAGGCCUGCCACCAUUUUGGAAGUGCUGUUUUCUUCUAUUGAGGUCAUUGAUAAUAUUUGUUUUAAGGACAUUUCAUAACUCUAUAAAUACUGAACCAAGGCAUUCAGGUUAUCUGUUUUAAAAUGAUAAAACAGAAGGAAAGAUACUGCUCUAAUGCUUCCUUCUUUUCUCUUUUGGAAGUUGAAAAAUAAUGAACAAGAUGCAAUGCUGAACUACUGGCAGUGAUUUCUAAAAUGAUGGUAUUAUUCAAUACUUGUUUUUAAUGGGAUUAUAUUAAAGAUGCAUUAUACAUAUUUGCUAGCAGAUGGAUGAAAAAUUUUUUUCUUUAAUUAUCAGAAAUUUGGCACAUGUAGAUUUGUUCUCUUUUGAAACUAUUGUUCAUUCUGCCACUUAGAGCACCAUAAAAACCUAACUCAGAGCUUCACACAAACAUACUAAGAGUUCCUAAUGAAAAGUGUUUCACAGUGUUUUUUAAAGACCAUGUUAGCUCUGCCAUAGAAAGCAAUCAAGCUUAUCGCACAUAAUUGGAGUUUAAGCAAAUAUGUUUCACCAUUUGACAUGAUAGGGGUAACUGUUCAAAACACUUUCAGACCUGAACGGAGAAAAGUAGAGGUGGAAAAUCACUCUAUGGUAUUUCGUAAACUAAAGUAUACCUCACACAAGCAGAUUUCUUUCCCCUCUGCACAUAUUGUGUCAGAAAUAUGAAGCCAAUAUUUCAAUAUAUUAGGUUUUUGGCAGUUUAAUGCUGCCUAAUCUAUUGUUACAUAAAGAUUAACAAGCUGGAAGGGGGAUUUGGAUUCUGGAAAACCCAAACUAUCCUUUAAUCACGUUGCUAAGAAGAGAGCAGUGUUAGCUGCCCUCUUUGUAUGCAAAGAUAGUUUAAUUUCAUACAAAAAAAAAUUGCCAGUGCCUUGAUUAGGAUAAUGAUUCGUUUCACUUGGGUAUUUUUGGUUACAAUUAGCACCAGAUGAUUUAUUGGAUAGACUUUAAAGAAAAUCACUUCUAUUUACCACUUUGAACUCAGGAUUAGAAAAUGACCAAGAAACACGUCAUCUUCAAAUGUGAUUUUCAUCCCCCACUGGGGAUGUGGCACCAGAAUAGUUAGAUGGUGUAUUCAGAAUUUAGGUCAACCCAGUCUGAGCCUUUCAGAAAAUGACAUCAUUCUAACAUUUUCUUUCUUUCCAAAACACUGCAGUGUUUGUUCUUAAUAAGAAUGGCGGUGUGAUGCCAACAGUAGCUAGAUGUGUCUAUCACUGCUCAUUUAUAGGAAAGUCCAUAGAUAUGGGAAAACCAGACACAGCCUGGUGAGAGCUGACAUGGGGGUGUGGCCAAAGGAGAACUAUCUAGAACUCCCUUAACUUUUUUUUUUUUUUUAAGUCCAUAUCAAAACUGCUUUACAAGGUAACGAAAGAUGUCACCUUUCAUUUGGGUUAAGAAAGUUAAUGGCAUUUUUCCUGCUAAAAUUGAUUGGUUUUCCCUUAUACCAUGACUGCAGACCAAAAUCUAAUGCGAACUUCUGUACUUGGGGAGAAAGCACAGCACAAAGCCUCAAUUUCAGCACCUAGAUUCACCACUAAAACUCUACAUCAUAAGAGAAAAUGCACAAAUUUGGUCCAAUGUAGGGUUCUUCAAACGUGUGUGAAAACACUUGUGUAUUAUACCACUUGAUGUGACUUCUGAAGAUGUUAUGAAAUGGUAAAUGCCUCAUUAUGUGUUACUUUGCUGUUGCCUGUUUUAUGAUACAAAAUAAACCUAUUUGGGAUUGUUUCAUUUUUGUCAGUGGACAUUCUCCAAAGCCAACUUCAAUGAUUGGUGGACUUGCAGAAAGUUACUGAACUCUCCCCUCCUUAAAAUUUUAUUUUUAAAGCACAGUGUAUAUGAAUUAUAAUGGAGCUUUUCUAGAAUAAGAUAGCAUUGAUUUUUUCCUUCAUUUGAAUGUGAAAAUAGAGUUUGAAUUGCCCUAUUGGGAUAUUCAUGGAUGGCUGGGAAUUUUCUCUUGGGGUCACUGGGCAUGCUACACAUUUUCUCAGUCCUUGUAUUUUAGUUAUCACAGUUGUUUGAAACCUUGUGAUUAGACAAGUGCAACAGAAAUUUCCAGUGAUCUUCACUUUCAUUUUUUCUGUCCUUCAGCUUGGUGGACUUACAUGCUCUCCUGAGAGCUGUCGAGGUCUAUAACUCAGAAUGUCAUUUAAUGACAACUGACAGAGACAUUGUUUUAUAAAAGUCAGUUUAAAACACCAACUGCAACAGCCCAGGCAGGGUGCUCAUUACCUGCUGCUUUGAUCAGUUAUGGAAGUUCAGAGAAGGGCAGGUGAGGGGACAGGCGAUGUCACCCAAUCAGCAGAAACCAAAUCAUACCCCUCCAAGUCUCAGCUCUGAGGAAAAUGAAUAUGUUUAAAAGAUAAAAUUAGCCAUGAUAACAGAAGGGAAAAUGUGCUCACUCACUGCUCUUGGAGAAUUGUCAAUUUCUAUUUCCCAAACAUAUUUCACCUUUUUAAAACAACUAUUUCAUAGAGAUUGUUCCUGAGGACUUUCCCACUAUCUCUAUCUGCCAGCAAUUUCUCGGGGCAAAAAUAAGAGAAUCCUGAUUAUGUACAGUAUAAAUUGUAUUAUAUUUUUUUGUACUUAUGCUUUAUGUAAAUAGUUUGUCUCAUGCAAUUGUAUGUGAGCAUUGAAAUAAAUCCUACCAUUCAGGAAACAA